AAAGUUUUGUAUUGCGGACCAGGUUGACCGAUUAUGGAAAGCAAUUCGCGGCCGAAGACAGACAUUUGCCAUGGCUGCACAACCAAAAAGAGGGAAGACUACCUGGAAUGGCCCGAGUACUUCAUGGCUGUGGCAUUCUUGUCAGCUCAGAGAAGCAAAGACCCGAACUCACAAGUGGGGGCCUGUAUAGUGAACCAGGAGAAUAAGAUUGUUGGCAUUGGCUACAAUGGAAUGCCUAACGGCUGUGAUGAUGAUCAGCUGCCUUGGGCUCGGUCGGCGGCUGAUCGUCUGGACACUAAAUAUCCCUAUGUGUGCCAUGCAGAGCUAAAUGCCAUCAUGAACAAGAACAGUGCUGAUGUGAAGGGCUGUACCAUCUAUGUUGCACUGUUCCCCUGUAAUGAAUGUGCUAAACUCAUCAUCCAAGCAGGCAUUAAGGCAGUGGUCUAUCUUUCUGACAAAUACCAUGACACACCUGAGAUGACUGCCUCAAGACGACUACUCAAUAUGGCAUGUGUGCAGUUCCAGCAAUUCAAGCCGAAGAGGACCAAGAUUACCAUUGAUUUUAAUUCCAUAAACCUCCCAACAGCGCUGGACAACUCAACAAAGUGACUAUCCAAAUUUCUGAUCAAGGCCAGCCAAAAAGCCAGAACAUGGAAGAGAAAGUGUUGCAUUUGUUAUGUACAUACUUUUUGAGCCCUGUAUCUU